CAGGCUGCAGGCCCCCAGGGGCUGUGCUCCCCACCUGAGGAUGGAGGUAGGGUGGGGAGAAUGUUUGGAUAUGGGGAUGUGUCCCUGGUUUUGGGAGGGCUCCGGCCUGAGGCCACUCCACCCAGGCCCUGGCCCGAGCCCCCAGCCCUGUUCUACCAGGUUCGUGGGGGGGCUGACAGCUUUAUCUUUGCGUUGUGAUGAGUGGCCCAUGUGGUUUCCUGCCAACAGCUCCUGUUUCCGGAGGCCCAGCACAGCCCAGGCGGAGCCAGGAGGGGCAGAGGGGCUGGGCCUGGGUGGCCGCACCAGCCCCGCCUCCAUCUAUCUUUGGGAAUUUAUUUGUCCACAGGCUCCGCUGGCCCACAGUUCAUUGCCUGCCAGGGGCCAAAGCUGCUCUGACCACCAAGGAUUCUCCCUCCCAUCCCAAGCGCCUCCACUGACCUCUGACUUUUGACCUCUGGCCCCGACUGCCUUGCCCUUCCUAGAAGCUCUGCUGUAGACGUGGGUAUUGACGCCUGGCUCCCCUCGAGAGCAAAGGCUGUGCAGGGGGCUCAGUUCUCAGCCCCCCAAGCUGGCCCACCAUGGCACGGCGCCUCCAGGAUGAGCUAGCCUCCUUCUUCUUUGAGUACGACACGCCUCGAAUGGUGCUGGUUCGCAACAAGAAGGUGGGCGUCGUCUUCCGCCUGAUCCAGCUCGUGGUUCUGGUCUACGUCAUUGGGUGGGUGUUUGUCUACGAGAAGGGUUACCAGACCUCCAGCAGCCUCAUCAGCAGCGUGUCUGUGAAACUCAAGGGCCUGGCAGUGACGCAGCUCCCAGGCCUGGGCCCCCAGGUCUGGGACGUGGCUGACUACGUCUUCCCAGCUCAGGGCGACAACUCCUUUGUGGUCAUGACCAAUUUCAUCGCGACCCCAAAGCAGGCUCAAGGCUACUGUGCAGAGCACCCGGAAGGCGGCACGUGCGCGGAUGAUAGCGGCUGCAUCCCUGGGAAGGCAGAGAGGAAGGCCCAAGGCAUCCGCACGGGCAAGUGUGUGGCCUUCAAUGACACCGUGCAAACGUGUGAGAUCUUUGGCUGGUGCCCCGUGGAGGUGGACGAUGACAUCCCACGCCCUGCCCUUCUCCGAGAGGCCGAGAACUUCACUCUCUUCAUCAAGAACAGCAUCAGCUUUCCACGCUUCAAGGUCAAAAGGCGCAACCUGGUGGAGGUGGUGGAUGCCGCCUACAUGAAGACCUGCCUCUACCACAAGACCCUGCACCCGCUGUGCCCUGUCUUCAAGCUCGGCUAUGUGAUACAAGAGUCAGGCCAGAAUUUCAGCACCCUGGCUGAGAAGGGCGGGGUGGUGGGCAUUACCAUCGACUGGAACUGUGACCUGGACUGGCAUGUGCGACACUGCAAACCCAUCUACGAGUUCCACGGGCUGUAUGAAGAAAAAAAUCUGUCUCCAGGCUUCAACUUCAGGUUUGCCAGGUACUUCGUGGAGAACGGAACCAACUAUCGGCAUCUCUUCAAGGUGUUUGGGAUUCGCUUUGACAUCCUUGUGGAUGGCAAGGCUGGGAAGUUUGACAUCAUCCCCACAAUGACCACCAUUGGCUCUGGGAUUGGCAUCUUUGGAGUGGCCACGGUUCUCUGUGACCUGUUGCUGCUCCACAUCCUGCCCAAGAGGCACUACUACAAGCAGAAGAAGUUCAAGUACGCAGAGGACGUGGGGCAAGGGGCGGGUGAGCGUGACCCCACGACCACCAGCUCCACCCUGGGCCUGCAGGAGAACAUGAAGACAUCCUGACCCUCCGCCCCCGACUCCUGACCGGAUGCAGCGAGAGCCUUUGGGCCAGGGCCCUGGUGGGAUCCCAGCCAGGCAGAAGGGUCUCCCAGGAGCUCUCCUGCCCUCCCAGCCAGGCAGACACCAGGUCGCUGGCAGCGCAGGGUGGACACUGGGAGAGACCUGUGCAAUUCUGGGCUCUGGCUCCAACUCCGCACCCUCCAAGGGAGCCUCAGCCCAGCCUUAGCCACUCCUGGUCUGGAGGGCCUGGGCCUGCACGGGGCCCCACUCACACUCCUGUACCCGAGCUUUGCGCUUCUCUCUCCAGGCCCUCAACCAUCCCACUGCCUCGGUGUUUCGACACCUGUGCUCUCCAGUAUGGCAGCCACUAAUUACAGGCAACUAUUUAAAUUUAAAUUAAUUAGACUUGAACUCCUCAAACUAGCCACAUUACAACUGCUAAGUAGACACAUGUGGCCGGUGGCUGCCAUAUUGGACAGCAGAGAACAUUUUCAGUAUCAAAGAAAGUUCUACUGGACAGCUCUGCUUGAGCCCUGUUUCUCAGUGGCCGCAGGUUUCCCUGGGGGGCUUAUCAACAGUGCAGCCCCCUGCACCCACUCCAGACCUCCUGAACCAGAAUCUCCAGGGCCGGCCACGUGAUCUGCAAGGAUUGCAAACUCCGAGGGCCAUUUUAAGGACCUAUGUUGAAGAACCGCCCCUGAUCCGGUAUCAGACUUGGCCUGGGCCUGCCUCCCCUGGCAGGUGCAGGCACUGCACAGGUGUGUGGUGUGCUCACAAGCCACACGGUGUCUCCUGCACACCCCCCGCCCAUCUACACUGUGUAUUUGAACAGCUUGGGCCCAGCAAACACAACCAUCUGAACACACCUACACCCUCAAGCACAGACACAUGGUCCAUGCCACGUCACCUCCAUGGGGCUAUGCUUCUCCCCAAGUGUGUCAGGCCAGGACAGCCCCUUCUAGCCAUGAAUCCUUACUCAGCUACCUCCGGCAGCAGAGAGAGCCGUGGCCCAAUCCUGGGCUCCCUGCUUGUGGCCCAGCCCCAGCGCCCAAGGCCUGCCUGGCUCUGUCUGAACACAGGGUCUAGGGAAAGCGAGAGGUGGAGAACAAUAAAGGGAAUGAGGACAAA